AUGACGACAGCAGCUCCGAACUUCACCGACUUCGGAAACUAUACGGAAAUCGUGUCACGCGCAAGGCCGCAAUGCCACUUUGAGAGUAAAGAGGCCGAGUUCGUUUUUUAUACUAUUUCGUGUGGCGUUGCUUUAGUUGGAAACUUUGCCUUCUUCAUGGUAGUUAUCAAAGUAAAGUCCAUGCGAACCGUACCCAACGUGUUUUUCAUGAAUUUGUCGUUGGCCGAUGCUAUAUUCAUGGCGUACUAUGUGAUUUAUCUAUCGGCCUAUAAAUGGCAGAUCAAGUCCGUAUUGCUGUUCCACAGUGGAGGAGGGCAUGCCAUAACGGACGUAGGAUUUUGCUCGUCGUUGCUGACUGUCGCACUGAUCAGCAUCAACCGAUAUGUGGCGAUAUGCUACCCAUUCAAAGCGGAAAAGCUUCGGUUGCAAAGCCGAUCGAGAGUUGUUGCUUCGAUCACGAUUUCUUGGAUUUUUAGCAUCGCCAUUGGCCUUCUCGACUUUUUCGCUUACGGAAGCGAGUACCAGGAAACGCUGAUCGUCGUUCUACUCUCUCUAAUGUUCAUCUGCAUCAUUUUCUCCAUCGCCGUUGUCGUAGUAACCUACGUGGUGAUUGCCACCAAGAUGAUGAAGAAGAAGCCGCGUUACGCACCGGCCGCUAACAACGGAAACUCCUACAUUUCGGAAGAAAUUCACGUACUGUUGCUAUGCGUGGCGAUAACUGCCAUCUUCGUCAUCAGCUGUGCGCCCCUGGCAACAGUGUACAUCGUUGCUACCGUUAACAAGGCAAUCGGCAGACGGUCCAUACCCUUGGAAAAAAUCAUGUGUCUAUCGUACGUCGCCCGACUGAUGCUGUCACUACAUUUUACGCUGAAUCCGAUUCUGUACAACAUCGGUAGCAGGAAUCACCGAGCAGCGUUUCGAAAAGUGUUCUGGCCGAGAAAGAGGCAUCCGCCUGUGAACUCCAUAUAUCGAGAUGUUGACCCUUCACCUUUGAACUCGUCAAAUAUGAGCAUGACGAUGUCCACCUACGGUGAAAGGUCGGUCCUCGCCACAUCAAAUAAUUCACUUUGA